AUGGUCCGUCACACCCCCGAGUUUCUGCGACAGCGCAGCUCCAAUAUGUCUCUACGAAUGGCCGCUUCCUCGCCAUUGGCCACCUCACGGCUGUCCAGCUUCGCGAACCCGGCCGAAUUCGAAGUGAAACCGACCAUGACUGAGGCCGAGAAGGCUAUAAUCGUUGGCGAGUUGAAGACCCGCCGCGAUGUCAAGCUCUGCGAUUCAUGCUAUCGAGACCUCCCCGACUCCUGUGCCGAUUUGCUUUCACUGGAGCUAACCAACGACCGAAACUCAUGCUCUACUUGUGCUAUUAAGGACACAAAGCCCGAAGCAUUCACCGAGCCCUUCUGUACCUUCUUGAGAGAGAACCCGACAAUAUUUCAUACAGUGGAUUACCUCAAGACGAAGAUGAUAUCGCUUGGUUACAAGGAGCUCCCCCCUCGUGAAGAUUGGACCGGGAAGAUCGAAGCUGGCGGCAAAUACUUUUCCACUCGAAAUGGUAGCUCGACCAUCGCUUUCACCGUUGGCAAAGCUUAUAAGCCUGGGAAUGGGGUCGCCAUAAUCGCUGGCCACAUUGAUGCGCUGACGGCCAAAGUCAAACCCGUGAGUAAAAAGGCCACCACAGCUGGCUAUGUCCAGCUAGGAGUAGCACAAUAUGCGGGUGGUCUGAACGAGACGUGGUGGGACAGAGAUCUCAGCAUUGGAGGCCGAGUCAUCGUCCGAGACGAGUCAGGCAAGACAACAAGCAAAUUGGUCAAGCUGGACUGGCCAAUUGCUCGAAUACCAACCUUGGCUCCUCACUUUGGAGUUGGGAUGAUGGGCCAGAAUAACAAGGAAACUGAGGCAGUACCCAUUAUUGGGCUUGACGAUCCGAGUUCCAGCGCGGCCGAGCCUCUAGGGUCUGUUGGAUCGUUUGCCUCUACUCAGCCACCGAAGCUUGUACGACUAAUUUCAAACGAGCUUGGCAUCAAGGAUUACUCGCAGAUUGUCAACUGGGAGUUGGAGCUUUUCGAUUUACAGCCUGCCACCGUGGGCGGAAUGGACAAGGAAUUCAUCUUUGCCGGCCGCAUCGACGACAAGCUUUGCAGUUGGGCAGCCUUCCAUGGUCUGUUGGCGUCGGAUCAGAAAGAUGAUGAUGGAACGAUUAAGAUGGUUGCCCUCUUUGACGACGAGGAGAUUGGUUCCCUCCUCCGCCAAGGUGCCAAGGGCAACUUUCUGCCUUCGGUAAUCGAGCGCACGGUGGAAUCAUUGUGUCGCCAGGAAAAGACGUUCGGUCCCGGCGUUAUCGGCCAAACUUACGCCAAUUCAUUCCUCGUGUCGGCGGAUGUGACGCACGCCGUCAAUCCCAACUUUUUGUCUCGCUAUCUCCAAGACCACGCGCCGCGUCUGAACGUCGGAAUCUGCAUAUGCGCAGAUAGCAAUGGACACAUGACGACGGACUCGGUAUCUACGGCUAUUCUGACGCGAGUUUGUGAGUUGGGCGGUUGCACACCUCAGGUGUUCCAGAUCCGGAACGAUUCGAGAAGUGGCGGAACCGUUGGUCCAAGCAUAAGCUCUGCGCUAGGCGUCCGUGCUGCCGACGCAGGCAUGCCGCAGCUGUCUAUGCACUCCAUCCGGGCCACUUGCGGAUCAUUAGACCCCGGCCUAGGUGUGAAGUUUUUCAAGGCAUUCCUAGACAAGUGGGAGCAGGUUGAUGCCGAAUGGCAAUAG